CAAACCUUGAAACCUCAGUAGGGUCAGGGGUUUGGCAAUUAAUCCGCCCUCCGUGAAAGGCGAAAAGCGACGAAACUCGCUUCUUGGCCGAACGAACAUCAUAAUAUUUUGCACGAAGCAAACUGCCGAAUCAUUGUUGUUCGUGGUUUGCCAUUGCCUUGGUUUGCUGCAAUCUUUCCCACCAAAGCACAAGCAAGAUGAACUUGGAUGAGCGAUUGCUUGCUUUGGGUGUUCCACCUGAUAUCCAAGUGGAAGGUGGGGAUGAGAUUUUGCUCAGUGAAGACUCUCCUGGUUGUUGCAAAAUUCGCGUGGGCUCUAGCCGUUUCGCGGCACUCAAUCCAAACUUGUCCUUUGCUGACUUGGCAAUUGUGCUACCAUCUAUUGGACACCGCUUUACAUCGCUCAUGUUGAAAUUUUUUAGUGACCUACCGGUAGGACUCAGUGAAGCCCAGGCCCUUCAAUUGGGCACCACGAUCCAAAACAACUUGCCCAACAUCACCAGUGUGACCAUUAAUGGAUUUGUUGAUGAUAGAGCUCAUAGAAUUCUAGUCCAGCAUCUUCCUCAACAUCUUGAGAGUCUCUCCAUGGAUAGUUGCCGUUUUCAUGACCUCCCCAGUGCACUAGCUCAGAUCCCUGAUAGCUUGAAAGGAUUGAAAUCACUGACCCUUUCAGAGAUCUUUGAAGACAAUCAUGGGACCCAAUUUUUUCAAUCAGUUGCCAAUGCCAUCCAGGCACUGCCUAAUUUGGAACACAUUCGCAUGGACUUUAUUCAAUCCAACAGCUCAGAACAUUGGGAUUUUGUAUUCAACGCAAUUCUAAAACAUGACAACAUCAAGCGGGCGGAGUUUGAGCAUCUGUGGGAUUCUCCUGGGUUCACCUUUGACGAUGCUACAGAAAACAACAUUGUUUGCCAUGUUGGCAUCAACCGAGUCAAAGCAAUGCUUGGGGGACCAUCCAAGACCACCAAUACCAGUGAUGAUCACUUUCAAAGAUGGGUGGUUGCAGUGGCAGCCUUUCGCAACCAGCCAGCAUGCUUGCAGUAUCUGUUCAGUCCUGUGGCAAUGGAUCCUGCCAAGUUUGCACAAGCUGCUCUUGAUGCCAUUAACCAAGUGGAUACUCAGAGUAACAUGGAGCAUCAGCAAAAAAAGAGAAAGACAGCACCGAGUGGAGGACACAAGCCUCACAGCUUGGAAACGGGACACUCUGAAGAGCGCCUGCGACGCCUUGAGCGAGCUCGGGUCUUCACGCAUCACAGUAUUCCUUAGAGGAGGCGACAUACAGUGCGGUAGCUUCCAUGGAUGUUCCACUGAUGUUGCUUGCUCUACAGAAAAUAUAUCUACAACUAAAUUUUAUAGCUCUUCGUGUCAUAAGUAUUGAUAGCACUCUUUACUCUACGAAGCCCCUCCAUCAGUUCUUUCAACCUGCAGUUCAAUCUAAAUCCUGGCUAGCUAGCAGUACGCAAGUUCACAGUCCU